UUUUCUGCCCUUUCUGCCCCCAGCAGCAUCACCGGUCCGCUGCACUCCUGAGGAGCCGGCUGCUCUCUUAAAGGCAUUUCUUCUUCUGCUCCUCCUGCUCGCGAUUCCCCCGACUCUCUCCCUGCUCCCAGGUAACCUGUGGGCAUUACUCACGCUCGGAGCCUCAGGGCAGACAGGACUGACUCAGUGCUUCACGCACCAGCUAUCAUUAGAGGCUCUGUAGGGAAAGAUCCACCGUCCGCCGGCCUGUGAAGACGCCAUGCUGGUCUGCUGCCCUCAUGGCCGUGCCGCUAUGACCAUCACCCUCCUCCAGGCCCCGCUGAUGUUUGUUCUGGCCCUGACGGUGCUGCUCUGCCCCCUGGGCAGAGUGACAUGUCAGGGGGAGAGUCAGACACAGUCCCCUGCCCAGGUGCUCCAGGACCUGCUGUCCCGCUACGGAGACAACAGCACCAUCACGGUGCCCCAGCUGCGCUCGCUGCUCGCCCUCCUCAGCAAGGGGCAGGGUGACGGAGACGCAGACAGCAGCAACGUGGAGACGACACCUGCAGCAACCACACCUCCCAAACUCAACAGCUCCAAGUGCUUGCCUGCAGACACGCUGGCCAUUUACAGCGUCAGCGAGCAGUCCAAGCUGGAUGGGCGGGGCUUACAGGAGCUGUGCCCCACCAUGCUGCAGCAGCUGGAUGCUGGCAGCUGCAGGGCGCACAAAGAGGAAGAGUCGAGCGUUGAACCUCCCUCUCGGCCCACAGACGCUGAAGUGUGGGGCUUUUCCUUCCUGAGCGUGACAGUCAUCAAUCUCUUCUCCCUCACCGGAGUCUUCAUCAUGCCCCUGAUGAAGACGCGCUAUAUGAAACACGCGCUCACCUUUUUCAUCGCUCUUGCCAUUGGCACGCUGUACUCCACUGCCAUCCUGCAGCUCCUGCCAGAGGCCUUUGGUUUUGACCCCAUGAAGGAUUUCUAUGUGUCCAAAUCUGCUGUGGUGUUCGGAGGCUUUUACCUCUUCUUCUUCACUGAAAAGGUCCUCAGAGUGCUGCUGAAACAGAAAAACGGGAGCCACGGUCACAGCCACUACCCCGGCACGGACGUGGAGGAGGGCGAGAAGGAGAAGCUGCAGCAGAACGGAGAGGCCAGCAGUCUGGCUCUGGGGAAGGUGGACGCAGGAGAGGGAGAGCUCAUGCUCAGUCCUGCUCAGACGCCUCAGGACUCCCAGAGCCCGGACAGCGGGGCGCGCUCCGGCAGCGGCGGCGGCUGCUAUUGGCUGAAGGGGACGAGCUACUCUGACAUCGGCACGCUGGCCUGGAUGAUCACGCUGAGCGACGGCCUGCACAACUUCAUCGACGGCCUGGCCAUCGGCGCCUCCUUCACCGCCUCCGUCUUCCAGGGCAUCAGCACCUCCGUGGCCAUCCUGUGUGAGGAGUUCCCCCACGAGCUCGGAGACUUUGUGAUCCUGCUGAACGCCGGUAUGAGCAUCCAGCAGGCUCUCUUCUUUAACUUCCUGUCGGCGUGCUGCUGUUACCUGGGAAUGGGCUUCGGCAUCCUGGCCGGAAACAGCUUCUCCCCCAACUGGAUCUUUGCCCUGGCAGGAGGAAUGUUCCUCUACAUCGCUCUGGCAGACAUGUUUCCAGAGAUGAACGAGGUGAGUCGUGAAGAAGAGGACGCAGGCGGCAGCAGCUUCCUGCUCACCUUCGCCAUCCAGAACGCCGGCCUGCUGACGGGCUUCGCCAUCAUGCUCCUCCUCACCAUGUACUCCGGACAGAUCCAGCUGGGCUAGCACCUCCUCUGGACUCCUCUGGACUCCUCUGGACCAGCACCAGCUCCAACCAGUGAGAAACUGGAGCUGGAGGAGGGAACUUUUUUCCUCUUUAUCCUCUAUUUCCAGGACUUGGAGUGUGGGUAGUUUGGCUGCUGUGCGGCAGGUACUCACCUCCUUUAUUGAAAAUAUUUACAUUCAUGCAGAGUUCCUACAUGCAGUAGAUCCCAGCAGAGGGGCGCAGCCUUCUUUUUUGUGUUUAUCACCAUUUUCCUGACAGCUGCUCCCUCUGACAGUCUAGAAAUAUCAACCGAAGCAGCGACGAGUUAAAGACUUCCCAACUGACGUGCAAUACUCAACCAGUCACUCAGACUUCUGAUCAGCCGCUUUGGCUCCUGCUCUUGUGUUUUUUUUCUCCCUCAGUGGAGCCUCAACAGUCUGAUUCAGUAGAUGCAGAGUAUUUAUAUCACUAAUCCUCUGUGCCCAUCCUCAGGAGUAAAGUGGGGAAAGCACAAUCAGGUAACAGCAGCUGUAUUAUUGACAUCCUUUAUCCCUCCGUUCCAGACUCUAACCCUCCAACCUUUCCCCCUUUUCUCAUUACGUACCAAAAACAAACCCUCACGGACCUGAACUGGAGUUUUAAUCAACAUCAAACUGACCUCCAGCUGGACUUUCACUGUUUGUGUGUUGAUGUUAUAUUUUUUUAUACACGGUAAAACCAUGAAAUCGGAACGUUUCAAGACCAAAUACGGGCAGACCAUUGAGAAUGGUGAAGGGCUACACAGUGACAUUUGGAAGGGCAUCAUGUUAUUUCCCCUCGGAUCGGACCUGUCUACAUCCUGGGCACGCGGUGAGGACUAAUACCUGGGUUGGAUAUGUAAAGUGAGAGUUUAAUAUUAGUGGCUUCAUCCAGAUUAGAUGUUGAAACACCCAGCAUCCACGGCAGCAUUUCUUCAUAUAGUUUGCCAUCUGUGCCCUUCAUUAAUAUAGCAUUGAAUAGUUUUUUUAUGACUAUUAUUGUACUCAAAGUGCUCUGGUCUGCACACAUCCCACAGACUAUGUUUUCCCAGGAUUGUGUAUUUAUUUACAGGACAGAAAUAGUUUAAACAGAAUAUUGUACGCUGCUGUAAUCAUAAAACACCUACAUUUCUGUUAACACUAUGGAAAUCUCUCUCUCUGUGUUCAGGCUGGGCGAUAUGACGAUAUAUAUAUAUAUAUAUAUCGUUUAUAUAUAUCAUUUUUUGUCUAUAUCUUUUCUGUUGCUGGGCCUGUCACGAUAAUUACAAUAUGGACUUAUUGUAUGAUUUCUGGACAGGACCGUCAUAAUUUUGUCAAGCCUCAAUAUCACCUGUUCUGUACAGGUGCAUUGCAAUAAAUUAGAAUAUCAUAGAAAAGUUUAUUUAUGUCGGUAAUUAAAUUAAAAAAGUGGAAAUAACACAUUAUGUAGAUCCAUUACACGCAGAAUGAAACAUUUCAUGUCUUAAUUAAUUUAAUUUCUUCUAAUUAUAAUGAUUAUGGCUUACAUUUAAUGAAGACCUAAAAUUUAGUGUCUCAAAAAUAUUAUUAUAAUAUACUUGGGUGGGGCUGUUUAUUUGAUUUAAACUACUGGAAAUGGACUUUUCCAUCAUAAUCUAAUGUAUUGAGAUACACCUGUGUACAUGCAGUUUUGUUUACUUAAUAAUGUCACCAACUUAUUAUAUAUUAUACGACAUGGAAGCAUGUUUUCACAAUGCUUCAGCCCAAUGAACAGAAAUAAACAAUUUCUGUUUUUUUUUUAUUAUUUAUUGAGGAUAUUUAAAUAUUUUUUUCACAUUUAUGUGUGAAUAUUCUUAAGAAUUAAAAGUUCUUGCUCUUAAAAAGGGUAUAAUUGUAUUAAAAUCCUAUUAUAUUAUUAUAUCAGAGGCAUAUACUGGUUUUAAGAUGGAUAUAUAGCCUUUAUUGUUAUUGUAUAUACUUUAAAUACUACAAGAUUAAAAUUGCUUCUCUAUGGUGCAAUGUAAAAACACAGGACAUAGAAGAAUAACAGAAUAAAUACAUCCUAAAAUAAAGUGCAUAGAUCACGAAAUAAAGUGCAGGUUUAUGGCAGAAUGAUGACUCUUAUUAAGUAUUUUUCGUAUUUAAAGUGCAAAUUGCUUUUGGAAAAGAAACUGUCUCUGAAUCUACAAUAAGAUUAGUAAUCAAAAUGAGAAUAAUAUAGUUUAUUUUGAUCAUUUCUGGGACAAUAUAUCGUCUAACAAAAUGGUUAUCGUGACAGGCCUAGACACUGUGACAUUAUAUUAUUGUUUUUGCUUACAUGGAGUAUACAAAAAUAGACUCUACCAUACGGUUAUUUCAUACAAACUAUAACAAUUUCUGUAUUGAAUUACCAGAAAACAAGCAAUAUUGUAAAGUGUAUGGAGAUAGAUUUUGGCCUUAUCGCCCAGCCCUUCUCUCCGUUUAUAAAUAUUUACUGACAUCAUACAUACAGUUGUGAUCUCCAGUUGAUUCCAGACACAAUUUUUCUCUGUUCAAAACACAAAAUAAGUGACCCAUUCCCAAAACGUACAUACUUUUAUGUAGUCAAUAUAAGCCUAGAAUAGAGCUGUAGAAUAUUAUUUAUUAGCGAUAGAAACUGGAAGUCAUGAUUUGCUGUCACUUUGUGUAACUUUUUUGUUAUUCCAGGAUGGAGAAGGCAGACUAUUAAAACGGGUACCGUGAGGUACAGUAUUACUGCUGCUUGACAUGUGUGGUGUAUUGGAGAUUAUGUAUGUUUUUCUUGAGCCAUAAAAUAUUUAUUUUAUGCUUUACACCCAAGAUAAAGUAUUCCGUUUUGGUUUACACAAGCCAUGAAAGUUUAAAAGAAAAUUGUCAUUUUUGUUGUUGUUUAUCUUUGUUUUAGUGUUUUAUUUUGAAGGAACGAAACGGUUUGUUACAUUGCACAUUUUAUCUGUAUGUUAAAAACUGAAGUCAGAGCAUAUAAACACACAAAUACAGACAGUUUUUUGGUCAGUUAUGAUGAUAUAAACCUCAUAUUGUUAAGGUCAGACACAAACCAGUAAAUCAGAUAAUAACUUCAGGAGCACACAGACAAUAAGACAUUAUUGUUGCAAAAACACAACAGAACUUUUCAAACCAUCCAAUGUUCAACUUUCUGGAGAUUUUGAUAAUUUAUCUAUGUUUUUUCAAACGGCAUCGUUUGGAAAAAAACAUUGUAUCUAAUGUAAUUAAUGGGAAUCCUCAUCAGCCUUCUCUGUGUGUCAUGGAAAUCUUUUUUAUAA